UUGUCAACAUUCAGAACGAUCGGACUCAUUAGGUUAAUUUUUUAAAGAAAUAGUUUUAUUUUCCAAAAAGUACAAAACAUUAGAAAUUUUAUAAUAUCAUGUCAACUUUCAAACAAGUUCCUCUCACAUGUGGCGGUCAUACUAGACCCGUUGUACAUUUGGAUUUUAGUGACGUUACUAAAGAUGGAUAUUUUUUAAUUUCCGCCUGCAAAGAUGGCAAACCCAUGUUACGUCAAGGUGAGACCGGCGACUGGAUAGGAACUUUUGAGGGUCACAAGGGAGCUGUAUGGGGAGUUGCUCUAACACAGAAUGCCAACUUAGCAGCUAGUGGAGCGGCUGACUUUACAGCAAAACUUUGGGAUGCCCGAUAUGGUGAAGUGGUCCAUACAUUUGAUCAUGAGCAUAUUGUGAAAAGUGUUAAUUUUAACUGUGAUGAUACCCUCCUUCUUACUGCUAGCAACGAGAAACUCAUAAGAGUUUAUGAUCUAAACAAGACUGAUGCUGGCCCUGUGGAGAAGAUAAGUGCUCAUACCAGCAGCAUAAGGCAUGCUGUAUUUCUUCAUAAUUCUCGUAUUGUUAGCGUCAGCGAUGACCUUACUAUGCGUGUUUGGGACCGGACGAGUGGACAGGAAGUACAUAAGAUUGAAUUCCCCACAAUUCCCAACAGCUUAGAACUGUCUAGAGACGGAGCAGUAUUGACUGUGGCGCAUGGAACUAACGUGUCGUUCUAUUCGUCGGACACUAUGCGUAAGAUGCGUGAGUUCCCUGUACCGACAAAAUGCUACUCCGCCUCUCUAGCUCCGAGCAGAGCGACCUUCGUCUGCGGCGGAGAGGAUCUCAAGGUGUACAAGUUCGAUUAUAACACUGGAACCGAAUUGGAAUCAAACAAGGGUCACUUCGGGCCGGUGCACUGUGUGAGAUGGUCGCCCGACGGUGAACUGUACGCGACCGGUUCAGAGGACGGCACAGUGCGUCUGUGGCAGGCGGUGCCAGGACGAGUGUACGGUCUGUGGCGCCGCAGUGAGAACCUGCCGGUCACUAACGGUUAUAAGGAGGUAGCAGCCAACUGACACAUUGGGGAUAUGUCCAGUGAGGACGAGUAAUGUGCAACAAGGCGCUUGGUGGAUGUGAGAAAUUGAUGACGUCACCAGGGCACAGUGAUGCAUGGACUAUAAACGAGGACAACAGUUCAGUGUUUUGUGAUGUUUAUUUUUAACGCAACACAACAUUUUUUAUACUCAAAUGCAAUGUAUUUAUUGUAAAAAGGAAACUAAAUAGACUUGAUAAUAUUAUAAAACGAAAUAAAAGCGAUUUGUAAAUA